AUGAGGAGAAGUAAGAGUCCUGUAAAUGGGAAAGCCAAUGAUAAGAAAAAUCAGAAAAUCCAAACAGGUGAGAACCCACCUAAACACAUGGAAUAUGGAAAAAGCUUCAGUCAUGACAAAGUCCUUGCUGACCAUCAAAGUUUGCACAAAGGGGAGAAGCCAUGUAAAUGCUUAGAGUGUGCAGAGGGCUUUGGUCAGCAUGCACAUCAAAGGUUUCACACAGAGGGAAAGCCAUAUAAAUGCUUGGAGUGUGGAAAAAACUUCUCUCAAAGUGGUGACCUCAUUAAACAUCAAAGGGUUCAUACAGGAGAGAAGCCAUAUGAAUGCCUAGAGUGUGGGAAGAGCUUUAGUCAGAGCACAGGCCUUAUUCAUCACCAGAGGAUUCACACAGGUGAGAAACCAUAUCAGUGUUUGGAAUGUGGGAAGGGUUUCAAUCACAGCACAACCCUUACUCGUCACCAAAGGAUUCAUACUGGGGAGAAGCCAUAUAAAUGCUUGGAAUGUGGAAAGAACUUCUCUGAUAGUGGCAACCUUACUAAGCAUCAAAGGAUUCACACAGGGGAGAAGCCGUAUAAAUGCUUGGAGUGUGGAAAGAACUUCUCUCACAGUGGUGACCUCGCUACACAUCAAAGAAUUCACAGAGGGGAGAGGCCAUAUAAAUGCUUAGAUUGUGGCAAGAGCUUUUUUGAUAAAUCAGGCCUUAAUAAACAUAAGAGGAUUCACACAGGAGAGAAGACAUAUAAAUGCUUUGAGUGUGGGAAGAGCUUCAAUCAGCAAGCACACCUUACUUCACAUCAAAGGAUUCACACUGGGGAGCAGCCGUAUAAAUGCUUGGAGUGUGGAAAUAGCUUCAGUCACAGCACAGCCCUUACAUUACAUUUCUGGCUUCACAAAGGUGAGAAACCAUAUCAGUGUUUGGAAUGUGGGAAGAGUUUCAGUCACAGCACAACUCUUUCUCAUCACCAAAUGAUUCACACAGGGGAGAAGUCAUAUAAAUGCUCAGAUUGUAGCAAGGACUUUUUUGAUAAAUCAAGCCUUAAUAAACAUAAAAGGAUUCACACAAGGGAGAAGUCAUAUAAAUGCUCAGACUGUAGCAAGACCUUUUUUGAUAAAUCAAGCCUUAAUAAACAUAAAAGAAUUCACACAGGGGAGAAGCCAUAUAAAUGUCUGGAGUGUGGAAAGAGCUUCUCUUCCAGUGGCUACCGCACUACACAUCAAAGGAUUCACACAGGAGAGAAGCCAUAUAAAUGCUCUGAGUGUGGAAAGAGCUUCAGUCAGCAUGCAAACCUCAUUAAACAUCAAAGGAUUCACACAGGGGAGAAGCCAUAUAAAUGCUCUAAGUGUGGAAAGAACUUCUCUCAGAAUACCCACCUAACCGUACAUCAAAGAAUCCACACAAGCGAGUAGUCAUAAAAAUGCUCAGUGUUGGAAGCACUGCAGUCAGAGCACAACCCUUAUUCAUCACCAAAGGGUUCACGUUA